AAAUUCGAAGACGGUGUGGUCUACCUGCAAAUGCAAGGCUCCUGCUCCAGUUGUCCCAGCUCCAUCGUCACACUGAAACACGGUGUGCAGAACAUGCUGCAGUUCUACAUCCCCGAGGUCGUCAGCGUGCAGCAGAUUGAAACAGAAACCGAAAAAGCUGCCGCGCGAGAGUUUGAGAAGACGGAGGCGGCGUUAAAGCAGAAGCCCACCGACGGGAGCGGUCCGACCACUUCGUGA